AUGAGGACGGCCCGAUUCUUAAACCGGAAGAUGCUGGUCAGGUGGGAGAACUACAAGUCUGUUAAGGCCAGCUACAAGUUGACCCAGAGGGUGCUGGUGCGCUCUUCGAUCGAGAAGCAGAGUCAUCGCGGCGGUCGUCAACCCCAACACUGUCGCACGGGCAAGGAGGAACACAGGGACACACCGGGCCGACAUUCUGGAGAUGUUCCAGAGGACAAGGGAGACCUGGAGAUGGGCCGGACUGAGAAAUCUUCUUUGAAUGGCGGCGAGGAUGGAGCAUGGCUGACUGAGAGUCAGUCUCAGAUGGCCCUCAGUUCUGACGCAAAUGAAACCAACGAUGGAGACCGGCCAGCCUGGGAUUCUAAGAUCCAGUACGUAUUGGCCCAGGUCGGCUUCAGUGUGGGCUUGGGGAAUGUUUGGAGGUUCCCAUACCUUUGCCACCAGAAUGGAGGAGGGGCCUUCAUGCUGUUGUAUGUUUUUCUACUGGUGGUGGUUGGUGUUCCCCUCUUCUUCAUGGAGUUGGCAGCCGGACAGAGCAUUCGGCAGGGAAGCAUCGGCGUCUGGAAGCACAUUUCCCCCAAACUGGCCGGCAUUGGCUACUCCAGCUGCUUGGUUUGCUUUUAUGUAGCUCUGUACUACAAUGUGAUAAUUGCUUGGAGCCUUUUCUACAUGGGAAACUCCUUCCAGUAUCCUUUGCCGUGGGAAAACUGCCCCAUUGACGUGUCCACCAAUGAAACAGUAAACGAAUGCGCAAGGAGUUCGGCAACUUCUUAUUUCUGGUUUCGGAAAGCUCUGAACAUCUCCAAUUCCAUCGAGGAAUCCGGAGAGUUUAAUUCGGUCAUGACGGGCUGCUUAUUGGCUGCGUGGACCAUUGUGACUUUAGCCAUGAUAAAGGGCAUCAAGUCAUCUGCAAAGGUUAUGUACUUCUCCUCAGUCUUUCCCUAUGUGGUGCUCUUCAUUUUUCUCAUCAGAGGCUUGACAUUGGAUGGCGCAAUGGAAGGGAUCGCGUAUAUGUUUUAUCCCAGACUAGAGAUGUGGGGUAACAUGCAGGUGUGGCGACAGGCAGCCACUCAAGUUUUUUUUGCCCUAGGGCUGGGCUACGGCUCUGUCAUUGCAUAUUCCUCCUACAAUCCAAUCCAAAACAACUGUCACAGGGACGCUCUGCUGGUCUCAGGCAUCAAUUUCAUGACGUCCGUCUUGGCCUCACUCGUUGUGUUUGUCAUCCUGGGUUUCCGUGCCAAAAAUAUUGCGAAGGACUGCGUGGCUGAGAACCUUCACCUUCUGAGCAACAUCUGGAUCCACGAAGAGGUCCAUCAUGGGUGGCCAGGGUUCAACAUGACUGAGCCAAGCUCCCUUUCUGUAUCGGACUACAGAGAGUGGUACAACCGCCAUGGCGCUUCGCUGGAACUCAACAUCACCGACUGCAAUCUGGAGGAGGAGAUGAAAAAGGGAGUGGAAGGUACAGGACUGGCUUUCAUAGCGUUCACUGAGGUGAUGGCUCUCUUCCCAGCCAGCCCCUUCUGGUCCGUUCUAUUUUUCCUCAUGUUGCUCAACCUGGGCAUGAGCACCAUGUUUGGGACCAUGCAGGGAAUCCUCACACCGCUCAUGGACAAUUUCAAGCUGCUGGGACGCCACCGCACCUUAUUAACUGUGUGCAGCUGCGCUUUAGGCUUUCUGCUUGGUCUUCUGUUCACUCAACGUUCAGGCAACUACUUUGUGGCCAUGUUUGAUGAUUACUCCGCCACACUGCCUUUGGUCAUCGUGGUCAUUUUUGAAACCGUCAGUGUUUCUUGGGUUUAUGGCACUGAUCGGUUCUUGGAUGAUAUUGAAGACAUGCUCAAAUGGCGCCCCCCGGUGGUGUACAAAUAUCUGUGGAAAUACGUCUGCUUGUUGGCUAUGAUGGGACUUCUGGCUGCCAGUUUGUUGAGAAUGGUCUUUAAAGGGCCCACAUACACCGCCUGGAAUGAAACCAUGGCCUCUGAGAGGAUUUUGGAGUACCCCAGCUGGGCUUUAGCUAUGAUCGUCAUGCUCAUCAUCUUUGCCAGCCUGCCUGUACCCAUCGGUUACAUCCAUUCAACACUGCAGCACCGCACACUUCCUGACACCAACUUCGUGGAAGGCGAUGGCAAAGAGGUCAAUCGAGAUUUGUACACCAAGUGCAGCUCUGUCGAACAGCUGGAUUUGGACUGCCAACAAGAUGGCCCCGUGGAAGACAGUGGCGGCCGCCCAAGGGUGAUUUUCCUGCCGGCUGACGGCGAACAUUAUCGCCUCUUGCCUCAGCAGGAGGAUGAGGAGGAGGUGGAGGAGGAGCAGGAAUCAGGGGUGUGA